AUGGGAAAAUGCGUAGUUGGAGAAGUACAGCAUCGUACGACAAAUCAAGAUUACGGAGCAUUCUAUUACAGAGUAGCAGCACAGCAUUGUAUUCCCGAUGCAUUAAAAGCUAAGAAAAUUUUAAAUCAAGAUCCGUGUUUAUGCAUCGAUGACAUUGUUGAUCGCGUAGUGACAACUAUGAUCACACCACCUGUCGGUGGUGCACCUAUCAGCGUAUUUGAUAAAUGUUCACCAGAAAAACAAACUGCCAUAGUUAAUUCGCAACAAUCUCCAAUAAAGAACUUCCAACAAUCAUCAAAUUAUCCAACACAAAUGAAUCAAUAUUAUCUGCCACUUUCCGCUCAACCGUAUACUGUCAUGUGCACGCCAUCAUAUCUAACGGGUCAGACUACAUCCCCACCCUUUUGUGCGUUAUCAACAGCAUCGGGUUGUGUGCCUGUUCAACCCCCUUGUCCAAUAUCGGCCCCAUUUCAAACCGUACCAAAUCCAUGUGAUAUCAACUAUUCAUGUAACGCAAUGACAAAAGAUAUCGUAAAUAAUGAUGAUAAUGGAUCAGAAACUGUACCCAAUAAUCAUACAAAUUGCCCACACGUUAAUAUGAUACCAUCAAACGAAACAAGCAAGGUUUUUGAAAAACUCAAUGCUCUAGAGGUACGUACAUUAAAGUAA